CUUUCCUUUCUCAUCUCAUCUCGAACGCCAAGCCACCCACCCACCCACAUGAACUCUUUCUGGCAUUUUGUUUGCUCAUUUUAAAUAGUUUCGAUCUGUUCUUUCUUAAACCAUAUUUGAGGUUCUGUAUCGGCAUCAAAUGCAGUAAUUAGAUGAGGUUGUAGUCAAGAAGUUGGUUCAUCACUAGUAGUGGUGUUGGUUUAAAAGAUGGGCAUUUAUCUCCCUUUGAUCCUCCUCAUUCUAGUAGCCUACGCUAAUAAUGAAAUCUUAGCUCAAAAUGUUGAAGAAGCAGCAAUUGUAGUCAAUGCUACCACGCCGGUUGCUUUUACAGAUGACAGUUUUGUCUGUGCUACUAUAGACUGGUGGCCUUCUGAUAAGUGUAACUAUAACAAUUGUCCAUGGGGAUCUUCUUCCGUGUUAAAUUUGGACUUGGUUAACACCAAUUUGGCGAAAGCAGUUCUAGCUUUCAAUUCUUUGAGAAUAAGAAUUGGAGGUUCUCUACAAGAUCAAGUCUUGUAUGGAAUAGGAGAUGUGAAUGCGUCAUGCCAGCCAUUCACAAAGAUGGCGGGUAGAUUGUUCGGAUUUUCGAAAGGAUGCUUAAGUAUGGAUAGGUGGGAUAAGUUGAACCAGUUCUUCAAAGAGACAAGAGCACGGAUUACAUUUGGGUUGAAUGCAUUGCGUGGAAGGCAUGCGAUAAAAGGAGGAAGUUGGGUGGGAAAUUGGAAUUCCACUAAUGCCUAUGAUUUUAUAAAGUACACAAUCUCCAAAGGAUAUCAGAUAGAUUCAUGGGAAUAUGGUAAUGAGUUGAGUGGUAAGGGGAUUGGUGCAAGAGUUGGUGCAGAACAGUAUGGAAAGGAUGUAAUAAAGCUGAAAGCUAUUCUAGAUGAAUUGUACGAUAACAAUCAUAAUUCCCAACUGAAGAAGCCUCUACUUGCUGCUCCUGGAGGUUUCUUUGAUAAGGAAUGGUACACUAAACUCCUUCAAGUUUCAGGUCCCAAUGUCGUCAAUCUUCUUACACAUCAUAUGUACAAUUUGGGUGCAGGUGUUGAUAAAAAUAUAACGAAUAAAAUUCUCGAUCCGAAUCACUUGUCUAGAGCAUCAACUAUGUUUGCCAAUCUGAAACAAACUAUUGAGACAUCUGGCCCUUGGUCAUCUGCCUGGGUUGGAGAAUCUGGAGGAGCAUAUAACAAUGGCGCUCACAAUGUCUCUGAUACUUUUGUGAACAGCUUUUGGUACUUGGACCAGCUUGGGAUGUCAUCUACUUAUGGAACAAAAGUAUACUGCAGACAGACUUUAAUUGGUGCAAACUAUGGUCUACUUGACAUUAAAACAUAUAUUCCCAACCCUGAUUAUUACAGUGCACUUCUCUGGCAUCGCUUAAUGGGUAAAGAAGUUCUUUCGGUUAAUGCAAUUGCUUCUCCCUAUUUACGCUCCUAUGCCCAUUGCACAAAAGGACGGACGGGUAUAACUCUUCUCUUAAUCAAUCUAAGCCACCAAACGGAUUUCAUCGUCAAUGUGAGGAACAUCAUCAGCUUAAACAUGAGAAAUAACUAUGGCGAUGAUGAUGGAGCAUCUUUCACUCACCGAAUUAAGAAAAGUUUUUCGUGGGUGGGAAGCAAAGCAUCGGAUGUACCAAGCUUGAGAGAAGAGUACCAUUUAACUUCGAAAGAUGGUUCCCUUCAUAGCAAAACCAUGCUGCUAAAUGGACAACCGCUAGAGCUGACCAAUAUAGGAGAUAUCCCGAGUUUGAAUCAUUUGUUAUUUAGUGUAAAUUCUCCCAUCUCUAUUCCUUCUUUGUCCAUCAAGUUCAUUGUUUUUCCCAACUUUGAUGCUCCAAUCUGCAAGAAGCAAGUAUAAUAAUAAUAAAAAUAAUAAUUUGUAAACAACAUAUUUUCUAUAAGCUGGAAUUGAACCAAUUC